GCCUUGUUCAUUUUCACUUCUCUCUCUCUCUCUUUCUCACUUCAAUCAUGGCAAAACGUCGAUCUUCAUCUCUCUGGUGUUCACCACUCUCCUUUUUCCUACCUCGAGGCGAUACAUUUUGGUAUUCCUUAGCCCUAAUUUCCAUCAUCUCUCUCUUAAUCAAUCAAAUCUCUAUAUCUUCACUCGCAGCCGAUUCACACUUCGAAGGAUUCGACGCCGAAGAAGACGACGACGGAUUGAAUGAUGAAUCGCUUCAACUCACUGAUUUACCCCGACGAACUCCUCCUACUACAACUGUUACUCACUCCGAUCCUGAAUCAGAUCACGGUCCACCAGAUGCCACCACCACUGAGUCGAUUCAGGAACCGUCGGAUGAGUCUCAUCGCACCAAACCUUCAUCUGAUUUCUAUUGGGACGAAGAUGAAUUCGAGGGACUUCCUGAAGAACAUACGCAACAGAGUACAAGAUCAGCUGAAGAAGUUGUCGUUUCUGAGACUGAUGAUUCAAGUACAGGUACAGGUACAGAUGCGAAAGAUGUUCUGAAAUCGAGUAACUAUAGGUUUCCGCAAUCAUUUAUAGUUGAGAUAGUCUGCGUUUUGUUCUUGAUUAUAUUCGUAAUCAAUUAUUUUACUGGUAAGAAAGAGAAUGAGAAAAUUGCAUUGUCUUGGGCGACGAAGUUUGCUGGGAGAGAUUCGAUUUUUGAGAAGAAUUUUAGUUUGUUGGGAGUUGGAGCAGGUGAGGAUACACCAUUGUUGUUGAAAGAAGGACAAAAUGUAUUUAAGUUCUACGCAAGUGGUAGAAGGUUCUGCCAGGGAUUGUUGGCUACAAUUGAGCUUCAGAGUCGGCAUGAUCUUAUAUCGAGACUGUACAAUAUAGUGUUCCGUUCAAAGGAUGAGAUUACCUUUGAGGUUUAUAUGAAUGAUGAUUCGAUGGAUCAGGUUGUUUUUGCUCUGGCGAAGAAGAAGGUGGCUAAAACGAUGCAUAAGGAGGUGGUGGAUCUUCAGAGGUUUGCCAAUUUGAUCACACCACCAAGUAAUCGGAAAUGGGUGACUGAUGAUUUUGCAGCUAUUUCGGAGUCUAAAGAAGUGGCUGGAGAUCUUAUUACUGAAGCUGUUAUUGAGCAGGUAUUUGGUGAGAAAGCGUUUGAGAAAUAUGGAAAGGGUUUCAUAUCAAUGCAUUUUUCUGAUCAACACUCGGGUGGGCAAAAGAAAGCUCUAGUGUUCAAGUUUGCUCUUCCUGAUAUCAAUCAAAUGGCUGAAAUGUCUCGUUUAGUUGCCCUUGUUCCUUACUACAUCGAUUUGAUUGGUCGAUACAAACUCAGCUCACAGGCCCGAUCGAAGACAGAAGCUACAAGACAGAAAGCUGCUCAAGAGGCAUACAAGGAUUACCAAAACGCUAGGCAAGAAAAUCUGCAGAAGAAGAAAGCAGAGCGAAGAAAGAUUCUAGAAGAGGCGGAAGCCAAGCUAAGUGCAGAGGCCAUUCGCAGGAAAGAAUCCAAAGAUCGUUCUCGUCAGCUUAAGAAGGCCAUGCCAAAAAUGAAAAUGACUCGUGCCCAUUAAUUAUGGUCCAUCAUUCAAGGUUGGUUUGGCUUGCUUUGAUUCGGUUAUUGUUGUCUUUUGCUGCUAUAUUGGCGAGGCUUUAGCCUCAAUACCACAUCUAGUUGAUGAUUCGGUUGGGGUUGGUCUUAUGAGAUCGGACAUCUUUGUUUAACAAACAUAGAUUGACAAACUUGUUUACACAUUUAGUUUAAUUGUUACCUAUUGAAAAUCAGAUUAUCUAAUAUAUAAUAAUAUAUUUGGUGCAUUCUAUUUUG